AUUCAUAUUCUAAGUCGCUUCCUGCAGAGAGAAAACAAAAAUGGGACAAGCAUUACAGACAUUUGCAUCGGGAAGUGACGAAAAGAAGAAUGAAGAGAUUGGUCCUCUAAUAGGACAAUGUUAUGAAGAUUUUAUUGCAAAAACAAAAUUUGAGCUGAUGACCUCGGCUGACUUCCACAAAGCAGUAUGCCAAACCAUCGAAGAACUCAACAAAAAACUUGGUAGCACUCAAUUUCGCGUACCAAAUACUGACACUCUCAAGGCAGCGUAUGAGAAGCACCACCAAGGAAAGGGAAAAUCAUUAACGAAAGAAGAGUUUCAAAGGAUUCUUCAAGAUGUGAUAUUUGCCACAGGAUUUACAGGUUUUGGAGCAAAGGACAUAAUCUUCUAUAUCUUCGGACUUCCGGCGACAGCACUUCUCUUAAAGCAACGGAUAGCACCAAGAGCAGUUCCCAACGACAUUUUUAUCCCCGUUGUCACCUCUGCCACUGUCUUCCUUCUUGCUAAACUUAAUAAGAUAUAAAGAAUGGAUUGUACAAUUGCUAUUGCCCUCCAUCCAGUCAGUCGAAUUAUGUUAUUCACGAAUGUUUUGCUUAUUAUCAUAUAGAU